UUACGUGCUUACGUCAACCUUAAAGUUUUAGUUUUUAGUGCCGUCACACGAUGGCGCUGUCCGCGUGGGUCAAUAUACGUCAGUAAUGAUGGCGGAAUUUGUUUAACUGUCAUAACUUCCUUGGUUUGCAAAUUAAUGGAUCCUAACGGAAAUGGCAAGCGGGGCUUACCUAGGUUAAGAGAAAUAAUUAGAAGACAGCGUCAAGAUUCCGAUGGUGGUGGAACUGAUUCCCCUGACCUUGAGUUUAUUUACGAUGACACUGACACACACCCCAAUGAAAUUUCCGAGUUGUACAGCUACACGGAGCAGCCAGAGCUCGCCCUCAAUGUUAAAGCCUUCGAAGACCAAAUGGAGCAGUAUAGUUUGCCACCAAGUUGGCAAAGGUUAUCGCUCGAACAAAGAAAAUCGGUAGUAAUGAAACUACUCGAUCAACUGGAAGUUAGCAGCAAACCUCUGCGAAUGAGAGGCGCCAGAUGUAUUCUUUACAUAGCUCAGGGGUGUUGGGCAGAAAUGCAGUCCGAUGCUGAACAGCAGCAGUGGGCACGAGUCAAUGUUAUGUUGCUUUACCAAUUAGGAGUUUUUAGCGCAUUUACUGAUUUGCUUAACAUAGAAAUUGAAAAUAGUACAGCAGCCCACGUUGCGAUGAGGAAGAUCGCAGUUUCCUUAGCAGAUUCUCAGGAUUUGCGCGUUAUUCUAUCUGUGUUAUACACAAUAACUGAAGUAAUCAGGAAUGAAAAAGAUUCAGGUUCAACUGAAUAUCAAAACGACGUUGAGGCUUUUUGUACAGACCUCGGUAUUUCAGUUAAAACUAGCACCGAAUUCGUACUUAUUGUCACGUUUGUAGCGAAUACGCCCGACGAAGAGUUGCUAAUAGUCAAGUUACUAGGAAUGGUAACGCGAUUUUGUAGCGGAGCAGCUCCCCACUUUCCUAUGAAAAAAGUGUUAUUGCUUCUUUGGAAGUUGAUUCUUGUUACUUUAGGGGGAAUGUGCACUUUGAAAGAUUUGAAGGACGAGAAACGUGCUAAAGCAGGGCUUCCACGUUUGGACGAAGACACCAUGGAGAUUGCCAAAACCAUGAGGGCUUCGUCACCACCUGCUAGUGCCUCGGAUCUGCUGGAGGCGCAGAAUCAAAAGAGAAACACAAGACCCUUCAGAAGGAAUUUGAUGAAACAGAGCAGUUUGGACGAUCACGAGUCUUUGGGCAUGGAACUAGAUGCUACUCUAGUCGCUAGUGACAACGGGGAUGACUUGGGCGAACUGUCCGACUUCGAUGAGCGCCGCCCUCCAGAAAACACGGAAAAUAAUCAAAUGUACAGCAACUACCAGAACAGACCUUCGUCGCCACCUCUGCAGAGUUCGGUGAUGAUACCAAGAGGAUUACCGUGGAAGCCGAAGGUGCGCCAAAAAGACAUAGACUUAUUUCUGGACACGGCGCGGUUGAAGUUCGUCGGGUAUAGCUUGCAAGGUGACCGCGACAGCUUAGCUGGAUUACCGUUACCGAUUCACGAGGGAGUGAAAACACUCAAAGAGCAUGUUUAUACUUCCUUAGCUGAAAUGCAAAUCCAGAAGGAGGAAGAAAUUGCCCGAAAUCCACUCUCUACGUCCGAAGGCGAAAUCGAGAUGACUCCUACGGAAAUUUUGUACCAGGCGAUGUUGCCGAACCUACCACAGUACAUGAUAGCUUUACUUAAAAUAUUACUAGCUGCAGCUCCUACCUCAAAGGCUAAAACUGAGUCUAUUAAUAUAAUGGCUGAUGUGUUGCCAGAAGAAAUGCCAAUGACCGUUUUACAGUCAAUGAAACUGGGAAUCGACGUGAAUAGGCACAAGGAAAUUAUCGUGAAAGCAGUGUCUGCGAUCUUACUUUUACUUCUAAAGCACUUUAAGUUAAAUCAUAUUUAUCAGUUUGAAUUUAUGUCGCAACAUCUAGUUUUCGCAAAUUGUAUACCGUUAGUUUUGAAGUUUUUUAAUCAGAAUAUUAUGGCAUAUGUGGGUGCCAAGAAUGUGAUUCCUAUAUUAGAUUUUCCGUCAUGUGUCAUUGGCGAUCAACCAGAAUUGACAGCUGAGAGUUUAGAAAUUGGAGACGCGGCACCAUUUUCUUGGAGAAAUAUGUUUUCGUGUAUUAAUCUACUGAGGAUUUUAAAUAAAUUAACAAAAUGGAAGCAUUCAAGGAUUAUGAUGUUAGUGGUGUUCAAAUCUGCUCCAAUUCUAAAACGCACAUUGAAAGUACGCCAUGCCAUGACUCAAUUGUAUGUUUUGAAAUUAUUAAAAAUGCAGACAAAGUAUUUAGGGCGCCAGUGGCGAAAAUCCAACAUGAAAACUAUUAGUGCUAUUUAUCAGAAAGUUAGACAUAGGUUAAAUGAUGAUUGGGCAUAUGGAAACGAUUUAGACGCAAGGCCGUGGGAUUUCCAGGCUGAAGAAUGCGCGUUACGAGCUUCUGUUGACAGAUUUAAUAAUCGAAGAUACACACAAGCAAAUCAAGACAGCGAAUUUGUACCUGUGGAUAACUGUCUAAAUAGCGUGCUUGGGACCACGUACGAUCUAUCAGAUAGUUUUAAACAACACUAUCAAUUAUGGUUAGAGCAAGAAGUAUUUGGGAAUACAAUAGAGUGGGAGAAGCUCUUGUUAAACCAAAAAAUAUAGAUAUUUUGAUAUGGGUUUGAUCUGUUUGCGGUAAAUAUAACUCUAUCGGAUACAUCACUGCAAUAAGGGUCAUUAGUUCUCGUUGAAUAUGAUAUGUUAUAUUUAUUGCACUUCCUGAUGUGUUUGGCAGAUGAAUGAUGAACGUACAUAGAUGUGAAGACAGAUGGCGUUCUACUUCACUUGCUUUGUGUUUAGUGAAUCUUUUCUUUCCGUUGAUAUUAUUUCUUUAUAUUUUGUGUAAUUCGGUCAGUUUGUACUGAAAAUUCGUUGUUUAAAUCCGUAUGCAACAAAUAUUGACUUGUUACUUGUGCACCUAUUUAGUGUUUUUUUGCUUGUGUAUUUUUUGCAUAAGGGUUUAGAUUAUUUUAUAGGAAAAAUGUUCUUAAAUUGACAAAAAUACUUUGUUUACUUCAGUAUUUAAAUAUAUUUGCUAUAUAAAGA